CCCCAUCCCUUCCCCCCCACAAUGCAGUUCGCGGCGCGGCGGACAUGGCGGUGGAGCCCUGAGCUCGUCGUGUCCUGGCCUCCGGCGGCGGCGACGGCGGUAGCGGCAGCGGGAGGUGGAGGCAGAGCUGGAACGGGGAGGCUCUGAGAUGGGGAGGCGCCGCGUGCGCCUGUAGCUCCUGUAGCUCGCGGGCCUUGCAGUUUGCCUAAAUUGAAUUUGAAGCAAUUCAAACUAUUGGAGAUCUGCAAUUUUACAAAAAUCACAAUUGGGAAAAAGUUGAUUUCCAAAUAAUGGAAGAGUCUAACACCUCUAAAAGUGAAAAUCAUGAACCAAAGAAAAAUAUGAUUUGUGAUGAAAACAAAGCAGUUAAAGUGAUAACUAAUCAAACUUUGAAAGCUAAAAACGACAAAUCCAUAAAAGAAGUUGUGACUGCCUCUCCAAACAAGAAUAGUAAUAAGAAAAACAAACAAAAUGAUAUUUGUAUAGAAAACUCAGAAAUCAAAUCAUGUAAAGUAAAUGUUGGCAGUGUUUCAUGCCCUAAUGAUUUGGGAUUAGUCCUUCGAGAUCAAAGUCAUUGCAAAGCCAAAAAAUCUCCUAAUUUACUAGUACGAGCUGAAAAGACGGCCAUUUCACAAGCAAAAUUUGAAAAGACAUCUGGUUUACAGGCAAAAGCAGAAAAAUUACCAAAGUCACCAAAUUCACCAAUGAAAGUAGAGAAAGCACCAAGUUCGCAGACAGCAGCAGCAAAGGCACUAAAUUUACAGAGGAAAGUGGAAAAAACACCCAGUCCUCAGAUGAAAUCAGAAAAGGUGCCCAGUUUACCAGCGGAAGCAGAAAAAGUGCUAAAUUCACUACUGAAAGAAAACAUGAGACAGACAGAAUUACAACAUCCUGGGACAAAAAGUUCAAGCUCCUUUACUGCCGUGGACAGAGCGAUGGCUGGAGCUGUGGUGGGAGAGAAAUCUGCCCUAGGAGAUGCAGCCCAGUCUCAAAAGCAACACACCAGUGCAGGUAACCCUGGGGACUCUGAUGAUAGUGCUUCAGGCAUCGAAGAUCUCUCGGACGAUCCAAGUAAAAUGAAGAAUAAUGAAUCUAAUAAAGAAAAUUCUUCAGAGAUGGAUUAUUUAGAAAAUGCCACUGUGAUAGAUGAAUCUACAUUGACGCCCGAGCAGAGGCUAGGCUUGAAACAAGCAGAAGAACGCUUAGAAAGAGAUCACAUCUUUCGACUUGAAAAACGAUCACCAGAAUAUACCAAUUGUCGAUAUCUAUGCAAACUUUGUUUGAUUCACAUUGAAAACAUUCAGGGAGCUCAUAAACAUAUAAAGGAGAAACGGCAUAAGAAAAAUAUUUUGGAAAAACAGGAAGAAAAUGAGCUCCGAUCUCUGCCACCCCCCUCCCCAGCCCACUUGGCUGCUUUGAGUGUUGCGGUUAUUGAAUUAGCAAAAGAACAAGGAAUAACAGAUGAUGACCUCAGAGUCCGUAAGGAAAUUGUGGAGGAAAUGUCACAAGUUAUAACGGCGGUUUUACCAGAAUGUUCACUUAGGUUAUAUGGCUCAUCUCUGACUAAGUUUGCUCUGAAAAGCAGUGAUGUUAAUAUAGAUAUAAAAUUUCCUGCAAAGAUGAGCCAUCCAGAUCUCCUAAUAAAAGUGCUUGGAAUUCUUAAAAAAAAUGUAUUAUACAUAGAUGUGGAAUCUGAUUUUCAUGCUAAAGUUCCUGUUGUGGUGUGCAAAGAUCGGAAAAGUGGUUUGCUUUGUAGAGUGAGUGCAGGAAAUGAUAUGGCAUGUCUCACUACUGAUUUACUUGCUGCUCUUGGCGAAAUUGAACCUGUCUUCACUCCCUUGGUGUUAGCAUUUCGUUAUUGGGCUAAGUUAUGCUAUAUUGACUCCCAAACUGAUGGUGGAAUCCCUUCUUACUGUUUCGCUUUAAUGGUGAUGUUUUUUCUACAACAAAGAAAACCCCCUCUUCUUCCUUGCUUACUUGGAAAUUGGAUUGAAGGCUUUGACCCAAAAAGAAUGGAUGACUUUCAGCUGAAGGGCAUAGUAGAAGAGAAGUUUGUGAAGUGGGAAUAUAAUUCAAGGAGUGCAACUGAGAAAAACUCAAUUGCUGAGAAAAACAAAGCUAAGGCAGACCAACCAAAAGAUGAUACCAAGAAGACAGAAACAGACAACCAAAGUAAUGCCAUGAAGGAAAAACAUGGCAAAUCUCCAUUAACUUUGGAAACAAUAAAUCAGGUGUCCCUGGGACAGUUAUGGUUAGAGCUGCUAAAGUUUUACACACUGGAUUUUGCCUUGGAGGAAUAUGUCAUAUGUGUACGGAUACAUGAUAUUUUAACAAGAGAGAACAAAAACUGGCCUAAGAGGCGGAUAGCUAUUGAAGAUCCAUUUUCAGUUAAGAGGAAUGUUGCACGGAGCUUAAACAGCCAGCUUGUUUACGAAUAUGUCGUGGAGAGAUUCAGGGCAGCCUAUCGUUAUUUUGCUAGUCCUCAGAGGAAGGGAGGAAAUAAAUCUACAGUGGAUUUGAAGAGAAAAGAAAAGGGAAAAAUAAACAGUAAGAAAUCAGUAAAGUCUGACAAUAUGUCAAACAACUGUUGUAUUUUUCCUGGGGAAAACCCAGAAACAAUAAAUGCCGAUAGAGGGCAACCUGAGAAAUACACCGAAAUGGAAUGUGCGUCACAGAGAUGUACUGGUGACAAAGGCGGCUUGUUGGUAAAUGAACUGGAUUUGGCUGACCCUGGACAGGACUCUUCAUCUCUUUCCACUGCCACUGAAGGGAAUGAAUUAGAGCUAAAAUCAGUGAAGAAACAAGAUGAUUUAGCACCUUCAGAAACUUGCUUUAAAAAGGAGCUCAGCCAAUGUCGUUGCAUUGGUUGUAAGUCUCCUGACCCAGCUGAAUCUGCUGGGACAACAGACUGCAGGUCAAAUGUAGAAACUGAGAGUUCACAUCAGAUUCUGAGUGUGGACACAUCCGCUACCUCUUGCAGCUGCAAAACUACAGAAGAUGCUUCUGAUACUAAUGAUGAUAACCUUCCCUCCCAGCAAUUAUAUUUUGUGUUUGAUAAAUUUAUUUUAACCUCUGGCAAGCCACCAACAAUAGUAUGCAGUGUCUGCAAAAAGGAUGGCCAUUCGAAAAAUGAUUGCCCAGAGGAUUUCAGGAAAAUUGAUCUAAAACCUUUGCCACCAAUGACAAACCGAUUUCGGGAAAUACUUGAUUUAGUAUGUAAAAGAUGUUUUGAUGAAUUGUCACCACCUUUCUCUGAACAACACAACAGAGAGCAAAUUUUAAUUGGUUUGGAAAAGUUUAUUCAAAAAGAAUAUGAUGAAAAGGCAAGAUUGUGCUUAUUUGGCUCUUCUAAGAAUGGAUUUGGAUUUCGCGAUAGUGAUCUGGAUAUUUGUAUGACCCUGGAAGGCCAUGAAAAUGCAGAGAAAUUAAACUGUAAGGAAAUAAUUGAAAACUUGGCAAAAAUCCUUAAGAGACACCCAGGGUUAAGAAAUAUUUUGCCUAUAACUACUGCCAAAGUGCCUAUCGUAAAAUUUGAACACAGACGAAGUGGUUUAGAAGGCGAUAUCAGUUUAUAUAAUACAUUGGCUCAGCAUAACACAAGAAUGCUGGCUACUUACGCAGCUAUUGAUCCUAGAGUGCAGUACUUGGGAUAUACUAUGAAAGUGUUUGCCAAGCGAUGUGACAUUGGAGAUGCUUCCAGGGGAAGUUUAUCUUCAUAUGCCUAUAUCCUUAUGGUGCUGUACUUUUUACAGCAGAGAAAGCCACCUGUUAUUCCAGUUCUACAAGAGAUCUUUGAUGGAAAACAGAUUCCACAGAGAAUGGUUGAUGGAUGGAAUGCCUUUUUCUUUGAUAAGACAGAAGAACUGAAGAAGCGUUUGCCUUCACUUGGAAAGAACACUGAAUCCUUAGGAGAACUUUGGUUGGGAUUGCUUCGUUUCUAUACUGAGGAGUUCGAUUUCAAAGAAUAUGUAAUUAGCAUUCGACAAAAAAAGCUAUUGACAACUUUUGAGAAGCAGUGGACAUCUAAAUGCAUAGCAAUUGAAGACCCUUUUGACUUGAAUCAUAACCUUGGUGCUGGAGUUUCUAGAAAAAUGACCAAUUUUAUCAUGAAGGCAUUUAUCAAUGGGAGGAAACUUUUUGGCACCCCUUUUUAUCCACUCAUUGGCAGAGAAGCUGAGUACUUCUUUGAUUCAAGAGUAUUAACAGAUGGAGAACUAGCUCCCAAUGAUCGAUGUUGCCGCGUGUGUGGAAAAAUAGGCCACUACAUGAAAGAUUGCCCUAAAAGGAAAAGUAGUUUAUUGUUUAGAGUAAAGAAGAAAGACAGCGAAGAAGAGAAAGAAGGAAAUGAAGAGGACAAAGAGUCCCGAGACCUUGAGGCGCGAGAUCUCCACGACACUCGGGACUUCAGAGACACCAGAGAUCUCAGAUGUUUCAUAUGUGGAGAUGCCGGACAUGUUCGGAGGGAGUGCCCAGAAGUCAAGCUGGCCCGUCAAAGGAAUAGUAAUGUAGCAGCAGCCCAGCUGGUUCGCAACCUUGUCAAUGCCCAACAGGUGGCUGGUUCUGCCCAGCCACAGGGUGAUCAGCCCAUAAGGACUAGACAGUCCUCAGAAUGUUCAGACUCACCGUCUUAUUCUCCUCAGCCCCAGCCGUUUCCACAGAACUCUAACCAAUCCGCUGCUAUUACCCCGACACAGUCCCAGCCAGGAACCCAGCCUAAGCUUGGCCCCCCUCAGCAGGGAGCCCAGCCUUCCCAUCAAGUCCAGAUGCCCAUGUAUAACUUUCCCCAGUCUCCACCAGCUCAGUAUUCUCCCAUGCACAAUAUGGGCUUGUUGCCUAUGCAUCCCCUCCAGAUCCCUCCUCCAUCCUGGCCCAUCCAUGGCCCAGUGAUCCACUCUGGCCCCGGCAGUGCUCCCAGCAGUAUUGGUCUGAAUGAUCCCAGCAUCAUCUUCGCACAGCCUGCUGCCAGACCUGUGGCGAUCCCUGGCUCCUCUCAUGAUGGACACUGGCCUCGUACUGUGGCUCCAAAUUCUCUGGUGAACAACGGUGCAGUGGGGAAUACUGAGCCAGGCUUUCGAGGUCUAAAUCCUCCAGUUCCGUGGGAACACGCACCACGCCCCCAUUUUCCCCUUGUCCCCGCUUCGUGGCCUUAUGGUUUGCAUCAGAACUUCAUGCAUCAGGGAAAUCCCAGAUUUCAGCCCAACAAACCCUUCUAUUCUCAAGACAGAUGUGCCGCCCGUCGGUGUAGAGAGCGUUGUCCCCACCCACCGAGAGGAAACGUGUCGGAGUAAUGCGAGUGCGUUUUCUUUCAGCUGGUCUACCGACGCACAGCAACCAGCCAGUCCUGCUGUCUCAAGGGUAUCCGUACCUCAGUGUCAGUUACACUCAGCAGAAAAAGUGACAUUUAAUGGAAAGCAAAACAAAUCAGGUCCUGAUUUAAAAUUUUAACACACUUAGAUAGCUUAUUUAAAUUCUGACUGACUGUUUUUAAAGACUGUAAUAUUUGUAUAUAAAUAUGAACUAUAGUUUUUACUGGUAUCACUAAAUUGAGUGAUACAAAUUUCAUCUAUUUUAUUACCCUAUUUUUAAGGGAAUUUUAUGUUUUGUUUAAUCUUGAUGAAUUGUAUAAAGAGAGAAUUUAAAAAAUUACAUUCUUUAUUUUCUAUUAGCUGUAUUGAUACUUCGGUUGCUUCAGACUUUAUAUAUAUUGUUCUUAAGAAUUAGGAAAGAAUUUCAUGUGUUUUAAAUUUGUCACUUCUAUUCUUUACAGAACCUUGUAGUGCCAAAAAAUUUUUAAAAGGUGAAAAAUAAAACAAAAAAAUAAAAUAAAAUUACAACAUGGAGAUUCACAAUUUUUUCUUUUACAUAGUUGUAUGUGGAACAUAUUCAUAUUUGAACAGAAUAUUGCUUUUGUCUGCAUUUCGAGUAAUUCUAUUUGAAGUUAAUUUUUUAAGGGUU